AUGGCGGCGGCUGCGCGGGCUCCAGACUGUACAUCGCUGCCAGUCCUGCGGUCGCCACGGUCGCUGCUUGUGCUUGUGCUGGUGCUGCGGGUGCUGCCAGCCCGGAGUGCGACAGCUCGGGACCCCGCCGAGGAGCUCAGCCUGCACCCGCCCUACUUCAACCUGGCCGAGGCGGCAAAGAUUUGGGCCACUGCUACCUGCGGGGAACGGGGACCCGGCGGAGUGCAGCCCCGGCCAGAGCUCUACUGCAAGUUGGUUGGGGGCCCCAACGCCCCGGGCAGAGGCCACACCAUCCAGGGUCAGUUUUGUGACUAUUGUAAUUCUGAAGAUUCUAGAAGAGCACAUCCGGCCACCAAUGCAAUUGAUGGAUCCGAACGUUGGUGGCAAAGCCCUCCUCUGUCCUCAGGCACACAGUACAACAAAGUCAACCUCACCCUGGAUCUGGGUCAGCUAUUCCACGUGGCCUAUAUUUUAAUCAAAUUUGCAAAUUCUCCUCGCCCUGAUCUUUGGGUCUUGGAAAGGUCUGUAGACUUUGGGAACACCUACUCACCAUGGCAGUAUUUUGCUCAUUCUAAACGAGACUGUUUGGAACAAUUUGGGCAGCAGGCAAAUAAAGCUAUCACCCGGGAUGAUGACGUACUCUGUAUUACUGAAUUUUCCCGCAUUGUACCUUUGGAAAAUGGUGAGGUGGUGGUUUCCUUGAUAAACGGUCGUCCAGGUGCAAAAAAUUUUACUUUCUCCCACACCCUCCGGGAGUUCACUAAGGCAACAAACAUCCGCUUGCGCUUUCUUCGAACCAACACCCUGCUUGGACAUCUCAUCUCCAAAGCACAGCGGGAUCCAACUGUCACUCGAAGGUAUUAUUACAGCAUAAAGGAUAUCAGCAUCGGUGGGCGGUGUGUUUGCAAUGGCCACGCUGAAGUGUGCAAUGCAAAUAAUCCUGAAAAACGGUUCCAGUGUGAAUGCCAGCACCACACCUGUGGGGAGACCUGCAGUCACUGCUGUGUGGGCUACAAUCAGAGACCCUGGCAGCCGGCACUAUGGGAGCAGAACAAUGAGUGUGAAGCCUGCAACUGUCACGGCCAUGCCAUCGACUGUUACUAUGACCCAGAAGUUGAGCAGCAGCAAGCAAGCUUGAAUACCCAAGGCAUCUAUGCAGGUGGCGGGGUCUGCAUCGACUGCCAGCACAACACGGCUGGGGUGAACUGUGAAAAGUGUGCCAAGGGUUAUUACCGCCCUUAUGGGGUUCCAGUCGAUGCCCCCCAUGGCUGCAUCCCUUGCAGCUGUAACCCUGAGCAUGCAGAUGACUGUGAGCAGGGCUCAGGCCACUGUCAUUGCAAACCAAAUUUCCAUGGAGACUACUGUGAGAAGUGUGCCGCUGGUUACUAUAACUUCCCAUUUUGCUUGAGAAUCCCUGCUUCUCCUGUUUCUACUCCAAGUCUAGAAGAUCCAGAAGCUGGAAAUAUAGAAGGGUGUGACUGUAACUUGGAAGGUGUUCUCCCUGAAAUAUGCGAUGACCUCGGAAGGUGUCUGUGCCGUCCAGGGGUCGAGGGCCCCCGGUGUGACACCUGCCGCUCUGGUUCCUACUCGUUCCCUAUUUGCCAAGCCUGCCAGUGCUCAGCCCUUGGAUCCUACCCAAUGCCUUGCCACCCGGUGACUGGACAGUGUGAAUGCUUGCCAGGGAUAACAGGACAGCGGUGUGACAGAUGUCUCUCAGGAGCCUAUGACUUCCCCUACUGUCAAGGUUCCAGUGGUGCUUGUGACCCAGCUGGUACCAUCGACUCCAGCUUGGGGUAUUGCCAAUGCAAGCUUCAUGUGGAAAGUCCUACUUGUAGUAUCUGCAAACCAUUAUAUUGGAAUCUGGCCAGAGAAAAUCCCAGUGGAUGUUCAGAGUGCCAGUGCCAUGAGGCAGGAACAGUGAGUGGAGUUGGAGAGUGUGGGCAGGGAGACGGUGACUGUCACUGCAAGGUCCUUGUGAGCGGUGAUGCCUGUGAUACUUGUGAAGAUGGAUAUUUCGCUUUGGAAAAGAGAAAUUACUUUGGAUGUCAAGGGUGUCAGUGUGACAUUGGCGGGGCACUCACGUCUGUGUGCAGUGGGCACUCUGGAGCAUGCCAAUGCCGAGAGCAUGUGGUAGGGAAGGCGUGCCAGAGGCCUGAAAAUAACUACUAUUUUCCAAAUUUGCAUCAUAUGAAGUAUGAGAUUGAGGAUGGCACUGCACCUAAUGGAAGAGACCUCCGGUUUGGAUUUGAUCCCCUGGCAUUUCCUGGGUUUAGCUGGAGAGGAUAUGCCCAGAUGACCUCAGUCCAGAAUGAAGUAAGGGUGAUGUUGGAUGUGGGGAAGUCAAAUCUCUCCUUGUUUCACAUUAUUCUGAGAUACGUAAACCCUGGAACUGAAGCCGUUUCUGGCCAUAUAACCAUUUAUCCAUCUUGGGUGAAGUCAGGUGCUGCUCAAAGCAAAGAAAUCACCUUCCUGCCGAGCAAGGAGCCAGCUUUCGUCACCAUCCCUGGAAAAGGCAUUGCAGACCCGUUCUCACUGACACCGGGGACAUGGAUUGCUUGUAUCAAGGCAGAAGGAGUCCUCUUGGAUUACCUGGUGCUGCUCCCCAGAGACUACUAUGAAGCUUCGGCGUUGCAGCUGCCUGUCACAGAACCAUGUGCCCACACAGGAUCUCCCCAGGAAAAUUGCUUGCUUUACCAGCAUUUGCCAGUGACCAGGUUCCCCUGCACUGUGGCUUGCGAGGCCAGGCACUUCCUGCUUGAUGGCCAGUCGAGACCCUUGGCAGUGAGACAGCCCACCGCAAGACAUCCAGUCAUGGUGGACCUCAGCGGGAGAGAGGUGGAACUGCAUCUGCAGCUGCGUGUCCCACAGGUCGGCCAGUACGUGGUCAUGGUUGAAUAUGUCACAGAAGCAGACCAGCUGUUUACGGUUGACAUGAACAUGAAGAGCCCUGGGGGGCCUCUUUUGGCAGGCCAGGUGACCAUAUAUAGCUGCAAGUACAGUGUUCUCUGCCGGAGCGUUGUGAUUGAUAGCAUGAGCCGCAUUGCUGUGUAUGAGCUAUUGGCAGAUGCAGACCUUCAGCUCAAGGUGCACAUGGCCCGAUUCCUUCUGCAUCAGAUUUGUCUCAUACCCAUUGAAGAAUUCUCAGCUGAAUACGUGAGGCCUCAAGUCCACUGUAUUGCCAGCUACGGGCCAUUGGUUAAUCAAAGUGCCACCUGUGUCUCUCUGGCCCAUGAGACUCCUCCCACGGCCUUAAUUUUGAAUGUCCCCAGUGGGAGAACGUUUUCUCUCCUGCCCCAGGAGAAUUCCCCUUCUGCAAACGUCAUUCCUGGAAUUACCUUACAGGCCCCACAGAGCCAAGUGACCCUGAGAGGACUCGUACCACACCUGGGCCGGUAUGUUUUUGUCAUCCAUUUUUAUCAAGCAGCGCACCCAACGUUUCCCGUCCAGGUGUUUGUGGAUGGAGGGCGGCAGUGGUCAGGUUCCUUCCGUGCCUCCUUUUGUCCCCAUGUGCUGGGCUGCCGGGAUCAGGUGAUCAGUGGAGGCCAGGUUGAGUUUGACAUCUCAGAGCCUGAGGUGGCUGUGACUGUGAAGGUUCCUGAAGGAAAGUCCUUAACACUGGUCCGCGUUCUAGUGGUGCCUGCAGAGAAUUACGACUAUCAAAUACUUAACAAAAAAUCGGUGGACAAGUCCUUUGAGUUUAUCACCAAUUGUGGAGGAAACAGUUUUUAUAUUGAUCCCCAGACAGCCUCCAGAUUCUGUAAGAAUUCUGCCAGGUCCUUGGUGGCCUUUUACCAUAAUGGCGCUCUGCCUUGUGAAUGUGACCCUGCUGGGGCCAUCAGCCACCACUGCAACCCUGAGGGCGGGCAGUGCCCGUGCAGGCCCAACAUCAUCGGGCGGCGGUGUACCCGCUGUGCAACUGGCCACUAUGGAUUCCCACACUGCAAGAAGUGCAACUGUGGCAGGCGGCUUUGUGAAGAGGCGACGGGACAGUGCCUCUGCCCUCCCCGCACUGUCAGACCCCAGUGUGAGGCCUGCGAGCUGCAUUCCUUCAGCUUCCACCCCCUAGCUGGCUGCGAAGGCUGCAACUGCUCUAGGAGGGGCAUCAUUGGGGCUGCUGCCCCAGAUUGCGAUAAGGACAGUGGACAAUGCAGGUGCAAGCCCAGGAUCACCGGGCAGCAGUGUGACCGGUGUACUUCUGGGUUCUACCAUUUUCCUGAGUGUGUUCCCUGCAAUUGCAACAGAGAUGGGACUGAGCCAGGAGUGUGUGACCCGGGGACUGGGGCUUGCCUCUGCAAGGCAAAUGUGGAAGGUACGGAAUGUAACACGUGUCGAGAAGGAUCCUUCUAUCUGGAUCCAGCCAAUCCCAAGGGUUGCACCAGCUGCUUCUGUUUUGGAGUGACCAGUCGUUGUCACAGUACACAUAAGCAAAGAGCUAAGUUUGUGGAUAUGAUGGGAUGGCACCUGGAGACAGCAGAUCGAGUGGAUGUCCCUGUUUCAUUCAAUCCAGGUAGCAACAGUGUCGUGGCAGAUCUCCAGGAGCUUCCCUCAACAGUGCACAGUGCAUCUUGGAUCGCGCCUCCAUCUUACCUGGGGGACAAGGUUUCUUCAUAUGGUGGCUUCCUCACUUAUCAAGUCAAGUCAUUUGGCUUACCUGGUGAUAUGGUUCUUCUGGAAAAAAAGCCAGAUGUGCAGCUCACUGGUCAGCACAUGUCCAUCAUCCAUGAGGAGUCAAGUGACCCCCGGCCAGAUCGACUGUAUCAUGGGAGAGUGCAGAUAGUUGAGGGAAACUUCAGACAUGCCAGCAGCAGAGCCCCAGUGUCCAGGGAAGAGCUGAUGACGGUCCUGUCUAGACUCCAGGGGCUGCACAUCCGGGGCCUCCACUUCACCGAGACACAGAGGCUCACCCUGGGUGAGGUGGGGCUGGAGGAGGCCUCCGACACAGGAAGUGGACGCAGAGCACAUGAAGUGGAGAUGUGUACCUGUCCCCCUGACUAUAUGGGUGACUCAUGUCAGGGUUGUAGCCCUGGAUAUUAUCGGGAUAACAAAGGCUCCCUUACCGGACGGUGUGUUCCCUGCAAUUGCAACGGACAUUCAAAUCGAUGCCAGGAUGGCUCCGGCAUAUGUAUAAACUGUCAGCAUAAUACGGCUGGAGAUCACUGUGAACGCUGCAAGGAGGGUCACUAUGGAAAUGCUGUCCAUGGAUCCUGUAGGGUCUGCCCGUGUCCUCAUACCAACAGUUUUGCCACUGGCUGUGUCGUGAGCGGGGCCAACGUGAGGUGCGCCUGCAAACCCGGCUACGCAGGAGCACAGUGCGAGAGAUGUGCACCAGGAUAUUUUGGGAAUCCCCAGAAGUUUGGAGGUAGCUGCCGACCAUGCAAUUGUAACAGCAAUGGCCAGUUACAUUCUUGUGACCCCCUCACUGGAGACUGCAUCAACCAAGAACCCAAAGAUAGUGGCCCUGCAGAAGAAUGUGAUGAUUGUGACAGCUGUGUUAUGACGCUCCUGAAUGACCUGGCCACCAUGGGUGAGGAGCUCCGUCUGGCUAAGUCUCAGCUACAAGGCCUGAGUGCCAGUGCCAGCACCCUGGAGCAGAUUCGGCUUGUGGAGACCCAAGCCAAGGACCUGAGGAAUCAGUUGCUCAACUAUCGUUCUGCUAUUUCAAAUCAUGGAUCAAAAAUGGAUACCCUGGAAAAAGAGCUGAGUAACUUGAAUCCUGAAUUCGAAACUUUGCAAGAAAAGGCUCGAAUAAAUUCCAGGAAAGCACAAACAUUAUAUAACAAUGUUGAUCGGACGAUCCAAAGUGCAGAAGACCUGAACACAAAGAUUAAAAAUGUCAUCCGGAAUGUGCACAUUCUCCUCAAGCAGAUCUCUGGGACAGGUGGAGAUGGAAACCACUUGCCUUUGGGCGACUUCUCCAGAGAGUUGGCAGAAGCCCAUCGCAUGAUGAGGGAACUGCGGAACCGAAACUUUGCAAAGCACCUGAGAGAGGCAGAAGCUGAAAAAAGAGCCGCCCAGCUCUGUAAGGACCUGCCCAAAUUCUUGCAUCCUGUCCAUUCUAACUGGCUUGAAAUACAAAGUCUGGAGAACAAUGGACUUGUAAAGAAUAUACGGGAUUCUUUAAGUGAUUAUGAAGCCAAACUCCAUGACCUACGUGCUGUGCUACAGGAGGCAGCUGCCCAGACGAAGCAGGCCACUGAUCUCAACCAAGACAAUGAGCGAGCUUUGGGAACCUUCAAGAAUCAAGUGAAAGAAAUUGAUUUGCUGAAGAGUGACUUCACAAAGUUCCUGACUACUGCAGACUCUUCCUUGCUUCAGACCAACACUGUACUACAGCAGAUGGACAAAAAACAGAAGGAAUAUGAAAAAUUAGUUUCUACUUUAAAUGCAAGAAGACAGGAACUAAGUGACAAAGUGAGAGAACUCUCCAGAUCAGCGAGCAAGACAUCCCUGGUAGUGGAGGCAGAAAAGCAUGCACAGUCUUUACAAGAACUGGCCAAGCAGCUGGAAGAGAUCAAAAGAAAUGCCAGUGGGGAUGAGCUGGUACGCCGCGCUGUGGACGCUGCCACCGCCUACGAGAACAUCCUCAAUGCCAUCAAUGCAGCAGAGGACGCUGCCAACAAGGCCACCAGUGCAUCUGAGUCAGCCCUCCAGACAGUGAUAAAGGAAAAUCUUCCCGGAAAAGCUAAGACCCUGAGUUCUGACAGUGAUAAAUUGCUGCACAAAGCCAAGUUAACACAGAAGGAGCUACAGCAAGAAAUCAAUCCAGCUCUCAACAACCUACAGCAAACCCUGAAUGUUGUGACUGUUCAGAAAAAACUGAUAGACACCAACCUCACUACUGUCCAUGACGACCUUCGUGGGAUUCAGAGAGGUGACAUCGAUGGCAUGAUCAGCGGUGCAAAGGGCCUGGUCAGAAAGGCUGACGACAUCACAAGUGAGGUUCUAGAUGGGCUUAACCCCAUUCAGACAGACUUGGAAAGAAUUAAGGAUACUUAUGGGAGCACACAGAGUGCAGACUUCAACCAGGCUCUGAGUGAUGCACAUAACUCAGUAAAGAAAUUAACUAAGAAACUUCCAGAUCUUUUGAGCAAGAUUGAAAGUAUCAACCAACAACUGUUACCCUUGGGAAACAUCUCUGACAAUAUGGACAGAAUUCGAGAACUAAUUCAGCAGGCCAGAGAUGCUGCAAAUAAGGUCGCAGUCCCCAUGAGAUUCAAUGGUAAAUCUGGCGUUGAAGUCCGACUUCCAAAUGACCUCGAAGAUUUGAAAGGAUACACAUCUCUCUCUUUGUUUCUUCAAAGACCUGACUCAAGAGAAAAUGGGGGGACUGAGAAUAUGUUUGUGAUGUACCUCGGAAAUAAAGAUGCUUCCAAGGACUACAUUGGCAUGGCAGUUGUGGAUGGCCAGCUCACGUGUGUGUACAACCUGGGAGAACGAGAGGCAGAGCUCCAGGUGGAUCAGACCUUGACUGAGAGUGAGUCCCAGGAGGCUGUGAUGGACCGGGUGAAAUUUCAGAGAAUUUAUCAGUUUGCAAGGCUUAAUUACACCAAAGAGGCCACCUCCAAUAAACCCAAAGCGUCCCAAUUCCAUGACAUGGAUAGUGGAAGUAGCAACACACUCCUUAAUUUGGAUCCUGAAAAUGUUGUGUUUUAUGUUGGAGGUUAUCCACCUGGUUUUAAACUUCCCAGUAGACUGAGAUUCCCUCCAUACAAAGGUUGUAUUGAAUUAGAUGACCUCAAUGAAAAUGUUCUGAGUUUGUACAACUUCAAAAAAACUUUCAAUCUCAACACAACUGAGGUGGAGCCUUGUAGAAGGAGAAAGGAAGAAUCAGACAAAAACUAUUUUGAAGGUACAGGCUAUGCUCGAGUUCCAACUCAACCAAACGCUCCCAUCCCAACCUUUGGACAGACUAUUCAGACCACCGUGGAUAGAGGUUUGCUGUUCUUUGCAGAAAACCAGGAUCGCUUCAUAUCCCUAAAUAUAGAAGACGGCAACCUCAUGGUGAGAUACAAGCUGAAUUCAGAGCCACCCAAAGAGAAAGGAAUCAGGGAUACCAUCAACAAUGGAAAAGAUCAUCUGAUUCUGAUCAAAAUUGGAAGAGUCCAAAAAGUUAUGCGGAUAAAUGUGGAUAAUCAAAACAUUAAAAUCGAGGGGGAAAUAUUUGAUUUCAGCACAUAUUAUCUUGGAGGAAUUCCAAUUGCAAUCAGGGAAAGGUUUAACAUUUCUACACCUGCUUUCCGAGGCUGCAUGAAAAAUCUGAAGAAAACCAGUGGUGUCGUUCGGUUGAAUGAUACUGUGGGAGUCACCAAAAAGUGCUCCGAGGACUGGAAGCUUGUGCGAUCUGCCUCAUUCUCCAGAGGAGGGCAAAUGAGUUUUACCAAUUUGGACUUCCCCUUGCCGGACCACUUCCAGGCCUCAUUUGGAUUUCAGACCUUUCAACCCAGUGGUGUAUUGUUAAAUCAUCAGACCCGGACAAGUAGCCUUCAGGUCACUCUGGAAGAUGGUCACAUUGAAUUGAGCACCAGGGACAGCAACGGCCCAAUUUUUAAAUCUCCAGAGACAUAUAUGGAUGGCUUACUGCAUUAUGUAUCUGUAAUAAGUGACCGCGCAGGCCUCCGACUUCUCGUUGAUGACCAGCCUCUGAGAAGGAACCAAAGGCUAUCAGGCUUUUCAGCUUCUCAGCAAUCUCUCCUCCUGGGUGGGAGUUAUUUCGAGGGUUGUAUCAAUAAUGUUUUUAUCCAAAGGUUAUCCGAGAGUCCUGAAGUCCUGGAUUUGGCCAGUAAAUCUACCAAGAGAGACGUGUCCCUGGGAGGCUGCAGUUUAAACAAACCACCUUUUCUAAUGUUGCUCAAAGGUUCCACGAGGUUUAACAAGGCCAAGACUUUUAAUAUCAACCAGCUGUUGCAAGACACACCAGUGGCCUCCCCGAGGAGCAUGGAGGUGUGGAAAGAUGUGAAGUCUUGCCCACUACCUCUCAAGGCCGAGACCAAUCAAGGAGCCCUCCAGUUUGGGGACAGUCCUUCCAGUCACUUGCUAUUCAAGCUUCCCCAGGAGUUGCUGAAACCCAGAUCUCAGUUUGCUGUGGACAUGCAGACAACGUCCGCCAAAGGGCUGGUGUUUUACACGGGCACCAGGAACUCCUUCAUGGCUCUUUACCUGUCAAAAGGACGCCUGGUCUUUGCAUUGGGAGCAGAAGGGAAAAAACUGAGGCUCAAGAGCAAAGAGAAAUACAAUGAUGGGAAGUGGCACACGGUGGCAUUUGGGCAAGAUGGUGGAAAGGGGCGCUUGGUUGUAGAUGGGCUGAGGGCCCAAGAGGGGAAUUUGCCUGGAAAUUUCACUGUUGGCACCAGAGAACAGAUUUACCUGGGAUCAUCUCCAUCAGGGAAGCCAAAGAGCCUCCCCCAAAACAGCUUUGUGGGAUGCCUGAGGAACUUUCAGUUGGAUUUAACGCCCUUGGAUUCCCCUUCCGCGAGCUUUGGGGUAUCUCCUUGCUUGGGAGGCUCUUUAGAGAAAGGCAUUUAUUUCUCCCAAGGAGGAGGUCACAUCAUCCUAGCUAAUUCUGUGUUGUUGGGGCCAGAAUUUAAGCUUGUUUUCAGCAUCCGCCCCAGAAGUCUUACUGGAAUCCUAAUCCACAUCGGAAGUCAGCCAGGACAGCACUUAAGUGUUUAUAUGGAGGCAGGAAAGGUCACUGCCUCUAUAGACAGCGAAGCAGGUGGGACCUUGACAUCAGUCACACCAAAGCAGUCUCUUUGUGAUGGACAGUGGCACUCAGUGGCAGUCACCAUCAAACAACACAUCUUGCACCUAGAACUGGACACAGACAACAGCUACACAGCCGGACAGCUUACCUUACUGCCUGACAACUCCCAAGAGACACUCCACAUUGGAGGUGUCCCAGCCAAUUUGCAGACACUGAAACUCCCAGUGUGGAAAUCAUUUUUUGGCUGUCUGAAGAAUAUACAAGUCAACCACAUCUCUGUUCCUGUUUCUGAGGCCACAGAAGUCCAAGGGUCUGUCAGUCUGAAUGGCUGCCCUGACCACUAACCUCAGGCUACCACCCAGCAAGGAAACUCACCUUCAAAAGCACAGCGGGAGGACCUGAUGUGCCUCUCUGCCCAUUCAAGGUCAUUCAAGGUGACUCAAGACACCAUUAAGACAAGUUUGACAGCAGAUUCAAAAUUAGUUUUGAAUUCCAACCACAUAGACCUAUCAUUUGGGCAUUUACUGCUAACUAUGUAUUUUAUACCAAAAAAAAAAAGUCUUGAAGAAGAUAAAUUGUUAUUCAAGCAUAUACAUGAUGUUUUGGCAAUAUUAUUUUCUACUACAAAUUAAAUGUCUUUUAAAGAACACCCCCCCACACACACACACAAACAACACACUUGUUUAAAACAUAAAUCUCUUUAGAGCACUUUAAAAAUAUGAAACUUUUACAUAUGUUAAAGGGUUAUAAUUUAUGAGGUUAAAUAAAUGCAGUGUACUCUUCA